AUGGCUGCCGAUAGCGCAGCGGUGGUGGAAACCCCGGCGGAAGGUCUCCCCGUCCUUUUGGGGCGGGAGCAGUCGCCCAAAGUCGUGCAUGAUGUCGAGAUGGGGAAGAAGGCCCACUUCGCAGAGGUGAACGAGAUGAUAGAAAUACACGAGAAGGAGCAAAAACCGCAAAAGCCGACUAGCAGUGGCAGUGACGACAUUGCGGCGGUGACCGCCCACUUGAAAUGCUGCGAGAAGAUUGUCUUAGGCUUCGGUGCAGUGUGCGCUUUGGCCCAGGGAGUGUCGACCCCGGCCAUCGCAAUGUUCACUGCAGAUAGCAUCACCACCUUGACUGCCGUUGAUGCUGACGAGGAGCACAUGCUGGGCCAGAUGGCUCCAACCCUCUACAAAAUCAUGGUGCUUGCAGUCGUCCAGUUUCUGCUGGCUUUCGCUUGGCAAACUUGCCUGUCUUGGGCGGCUGCCAAGCAGUGCAACCGGUGGCACGCCAGUUUCAUGGGAACUUUGCUGUCCCUGGAUGUCUCGUGGUAUGAUGAGCACGAGCCAGCGGGAGUUGCGGCCAAGCUUGAGACCGACAUUGCAAACGUCUACAGCUUCAUGUCCACGGCCCUGGGAUACCUCAUCGCGAGUCUUGCGCAGCUCAUCGGGGGUUUGGCCUUGGCUUUUGUCACAGGCUGGCAGUUGGCACUCGUAGUGAGUGCAACGAUUCCGGUGCUCAUGUGUCUUGCGACCCGCUUGGGUAAGGAGGUCGAGACUCAGACGGUCGACCAGCAGAGGGACUUUGCCCGGGCCUCUGCGGUUGCAGAGGAGUCGCUGAUGGCCAUCCGCACCGUCGCGGCCUUCGGCGGCGAGGGUACAGAGUUGGGACGUUUCGAGCAAGAGCUUCUGUCUGCAAAGGUUGGCGGUGUUCGUUCCGGAGCCAAGAUCGGGGUCGCUUGGGGCGGUCUCAACUUCUUCUACGCUUGGGUGUAUGGUCUGGCCCUCUGGUUCGGUGGUCACGUCCUCCUCGCAAACGAGAGUUUUCACUAUCAGCCAAGCCAGGUCGUCACCGUCAUGAUCGCCAUGCUGGUUGGGGUCACUGGGCUUAGCUCCUUCAGCGGCUUUGCUCCCAUGAUGGCCAAGGCCGUGGUGUCUGCCAAGUCCAUGAAGCAGGUUAUGGCAACUGCACGGGUCAUCGAGCGCCCGCUCUACACGAAGGAAGAACUUCCGGUGCAGCUGAAAACCGUGGAGACGAUCGAGUUCCGGAAUGUCAGCUUCCGCUACCCGACCAGGCCCGACAAGUGGGUGCUCCAGAAGUUCAGCUUCCGCGUGGAGAAAGGUCAAAAGAUCGCCUUUGCAGGUGAAAGUGGUUGUGGAAAGAGCACGACGAUCCAACUUUUGGAGCGCUUCUAUGACCCAUGUCAGGGUGAGGUCCUCGUGAACGGGAUCCACCUCAGCCAGGUGCCAGCCAAAGCAUGGCGGAAGCUUAUCGGAUAUGUUGGCCAAGAGCCUGUCCUUUUCGCAACGACUGCCAUGAAGAACCUCAAAGCCGGCGACGAUUCCAUCAGCGACGAGCAGGCCAUGGACGCAGCUAAGGCAGCCCAAAUUUAUGACACUUUGAUUCAGCUUCCAGAGCAGUUCGACACGUUUGUGGGCUCUGGUGGUGGGCUUCUGUCUGGUGGCCAGCGACAACGGCUUGCCAUUGCACGAGCUCUAGCGAAGAGUCCCCAGAUCUUGCUGCUAGAUGAAGCCACAUCUGCCCUCGACAACGAGUCGGAGCGUAUGGUGCAGGCGACACUGGACUCCCUGGGCACAACCCUUGGAAGUAGCGUUACCACCAUCUCCAUUGCCCACCGGCUCACGACUAUUAAGGGUUCCGACGUCAUCUAUGUUCUCAAAGAUGGACGUUGUUGUGAACAGGGCUCCCAUGAAGACCUCCUGGAGCUGCGAGGCGAGUACUACAGCAUGGCCAAGCUACAGCAGGCAACCCGGGACGACAAGGACAAGGAGGCUGAGAACCCCAACGAUGUGUUCGUCCCUCCUCCGGCGGGAAACAACGAGGCAGGAAUGCAGAAGACUGCCCGGCGAAGUGGAAGUGCGAUGAGUUUCCUUGAGACGGCUCUCGCGUUGGAUGGGAAUGGCCAGGAUCCUUCGAAUUAUCGCUCUGCCAUUUGGUGCCGCCUGCUGAAUUUGAUGAAGAUCUACUGGUGGACCUGGCCGCUUGCUUUUCUGAUCGUCGUGAUCCAAGCAGCAGCUUUCCCCUUCCAAGCGGUGUUUUUCAACGCCGGGAUCGUCGCACUGUUUGAUACAGAGGGCAUCGAACUUCACAAGCUGGAUGAGGCGUGUUUGUGCCUGGUGCUGGUUGGCUUGGGCUCUGGGGUGGCGGUCCUUUGCCAGAACUCGCUGUUCACCUACUUGCAAGAGUCUCUUUGCUUGAUUCUGCGCAAAGCAGCUUUUGCUAGCACCAUCCGCAUGGACAUGGCCUUCUUCGACGCGCCGGAGAACCAGACGGCAAGCAUUCUGGUAUCCCUCGAAAGGCACAUGAAUCGCGUGGGACAGAUGCUCGGCAUCCAGCUCGGAAACUCUGCCGGCGCCAUUUUUACCUGCAUUCUCAGCAUCGGCUUUAGCUUCUUUGGCUCCUGGAUUUUGGCUGUGGUCCUUUUAGGUCUGCUACCCAUUUGUGGUUACAUCGGCUUCAAAGUGGCCAGCUGUGCCGCGCGCGUGGACCCGAAAGUGGAAAACGCCUAUGCCACGGCUGGAAAGUUCACUGCAGAGGCUGCAACUUCAAUCCGCACCGUCAGGGCCCUGGGGGCAGAAGAGCAUACUCUCAGCAUUCUCCGGGAAUCCAUGCACUACGUCUUGCAGUCCAACGCUGCGAAGUCUUGGAAGUUGGGCCUUUCCGUCGGCCUGAACCUGGCCCUGAUCCAGGUCAUUUACUUGGCGGGCUUUUGGAUCAGUGCCGUUUGCAUCCAGUUCUGGCACUUCGACGCACACCAGGUGCUCCUUACCCUCUUCUGUGUGGUAUUCGGCGUUGCAUCCGUGAGCUCCAUAGUUCAGUUCAUCCCGGAGUCGGCAUCAGGAUAUUAUGCCGCCAUGGAGGUCUUCCGCCUCGUUGACCAGGUGUCCCAGAUCGAUGCUAUAGAACCGACGGGACGGAUUGAGACCUUCGGAGAUGGGUCCAUUGAGUUCCAGAACCUAAACUUCUGGUAUCCCCACCGUCCGGAGGUUCGGGUGCUCAAGAACUUGAACUUUACCAUCGAGAAGGGCCAGUCGGUAGCCCUUGUCGGCUUCUCCGGCAGCGGUAAGUCCACAGUGAUUCAGCUCCUACAGCGCUUCUACGAUCCCCAAGCGGGUGCCAUCCUUGUUGGCGGCCAGGACUUGCGUCAACUCAACGUGGCAUGGUGGCGCCAGCAGUUGGGCAUCGUCGGUCAGGAGCCGGUGCUUUUCGACAUGUCCCUUGAAGAGAACGUGAAGUACGGCUAUCCGGAGGCAACGGAUGAAGAGGUCCGAGAUGCAGCCAAGGCUGCAAACAUGGACUACAUCUUCUCAGGCGCCGUGCAGUGGAGCGAUCGCGUUGGCCUUCGAGGGGAGAAGCUUUCUGGCGGUCAGAAGCAGCGCUGCGCCAUCGCGAGAGCCCUACUUCGAAAGCCUCAGUUCAUGCUCCUGGACGAGGCGACAUCAGCGCUGGACUCUGUGUCAGAGAACCUAGUGCAGCAGGCGAUGCAAGAAGCUCGGGUAGGCAAGACAACCAUCACCGUGGCACACCGCCUCUCUACCAUCCAGGAUUCAGAUAAGAUCUUCGUUUUCUCCAACGGCCGACUUCUUGAGUCUGGCACAUACGAGGAGUUGGUCGCAUUGGAUGGCAACUUUGCGAAGCUCGCGGCUCGAUCACCACAGCUUGGCCAAGCACAGCUGUCGUUGCCGGAGCAUUCCAGUGGAGGAGGAGAUCUUGGUGCGUUCGCAUGGGAGAUCAUGGAAGUCACGAAGCAUCCCACAACUCUUGGGAAGGUGGCCGUCAAAGACACGAGCUCCUGCCAAGAUCUGCUGGCACUUCCAGUAGAGAACGAGUCGACCAAGUGCCUCACGAACAACUGCGGCUGCCGCAUCGUUGUCGAAGAGGUUGUGUGGCAGGUGCUGAAUCCGCAGCCCGAUGGGUCUGCCGGCAUCGAGUAUCGCGCUCGCAGCCUUACACCUGGCUUGCUUCGCUGGAUGGACCAAGCGGUCGGCUUCCUCGAAGGUCGAGAAGAGCUGGAUGCAAGCUUCCGCGAGCUCUGGGCGGCCCUCAGCGAGGCCUCAGAGACCUUGGCCGACCUCUGCCCUGAGGCCGCAGAGAUCGUGUCACUGCUGUGGCUCACCAACCAGGCACUGUCGGCUUGUUGGUAUGGUACCUCUCACCGCUUCGAUGAGGCGCCGCCUGCCUCACCGCGGCUGGAGUUCGCCUGGCGUUCGCUGCGCGGCCUUUGCGACCAGCGUGAUCUUCUGGAAAAGCUUUCGUUGAACUUGGUGAAGGGGCAUGGUGGUGGAGCUUGGAGCAGGCCGUUUUGGCAGGCCCUGGCCGGGGCUCGCCCCCUGGACGACAGCGCGACCUUCUCUUCCGCAGCGCGUGCCUCGUCGCUGCGGCACUCCCCAGUGGGGUCAGAGAUUUGGAGGCUUGCUUUCCUGGACUGGAGCAUGUUCCUGCAAAGUUUGGAAGAGGCCUGGCCUGCCGACUCAACACUCCGCUGGUUGCAAGAGCAAGAGGGGCCUCCUGUCCCGAACGUCUCUGCAGGUUGUGAUGCACUAUACUAUGUUGGGUUCCCUGCCGCGGUUCAGAUGGACUGGCUGGUGUUGACCAUCUCCCUGUCAGACUACUUGCUCCAGCGUGGCUGGGAUGGCUGCUUCCUCACAGGUUCUGUUGAGCACCUGCUGGCCGACCUGAGGGGCACUCCUGCCGAGCUCUCUUGCAUCAUUCGGCAGCAUUCUGCCACGCUUCGCUUCUGUGCGAGGCACUACAUCAUCCACGAUGAGGACGGGUGUUGGAGCUUCAUUUCCUGGGCAUAUCUGAGCUGUCUACAUGCGUUGACCAUCGUCGACAUGCCCCAUGUGAGUGUUGCGCUGUUGGCCUCUCGCCCCGGGAACUGCUCCGGCCGUGGCAGUCUUGCACUGCCUUUGGGCAGCCGCUGCGAUGUCCAGCAGGCUCCAGAGAACUGCUGCAGAAAUGGGAUGGAGGACACUUUCCAGGCGAACUUAAGCUGGGGUCUACAGACCUGGCUGAGGCUGGCAACAGUGCUCUCCGUGGUCCAGAGGAGCGCAGUUUGGCCAGGUGGCUUGCACGCCGGUCAGAGGCCUGGUCCCCAAGCACCGGGAGCUCCUGUGACCUCUGGCGUAGAGGAUGCACGAGCUUUUAGUGACUUGAGCAAAGAGGCCUCGAAGCAUGUGCCCGAACGACGCGAACGGUCGGGAUCGGUAAGCCGUGCUCCAGUUGAUUGGCCAAAAACUGCAGCGCCUGUGGACGUUGUACCGUCUAAUGCGUCCGGGGUGGAGAACCAGAGGAGACCUCCUCGUGGGCGAUCCAACUCUGGUUUGCAGCUGGAGCAGACUGGAGCUGCUGGCAAAGCCACAGCUGCUGCCUCCAAGAAUUCUGCUGACACCGUAUCUCGAUCGGCUGCAGAGCCCUUCCCCUCGGAGUCAGGGCGAAGGGGCCGAAGGCCUUCAAAAGAACUGCAGCAGGCGAUGAGCCUCGAUGAGGAGCUGGAGGCCCUUCUCAAGACAGUGGAGGAGCCAACUCCCCUUGCCGCAAAGGAGCCCUUGCCUAUGAAGGAGCCGACAUCAGAGCCUUCCAAGGAACCUUCGAAGUCUGCAAAGGCCGCUGCCUCUGCACAGACGGGACCCGACGGGCAGGAGCGGUGCAGCGUUUGCGGGGCGCAGUUCCAGCAGGGGCAGAGCAUCUAUGAAAGCACCAUCGCAGGCCUGAAGCAAGUGCUCUGUAGUGGAUGCUGGUCCGACGUAGCACCACACUGCGUCGCUUGCGGCAAGCUGAUAUCAGGGCCCAUGGCCAAGGUUGGCGACGAUGCCUACCAUCAACAGUGUUUGAAAUGCGCGAUCUGCUCAAAGGUAAUAGACGGUGCCCUCUCCAAGAUGGACUGUGGUAUCUGCUGCGGCUCCUGCACAGAUGAAGUGGACAAGGACUUACGGGAGCUGCGGCGGCUACUCUCGGCCGGUGACUUCGAGGGUGCCGCGCUCGUGGAAGGAAGCCUGAAGGCCCGCGGGAUCAAGCCGCCCGAGCUGAAGAGCCGAGAUUUGGGCCGCUGCAGCUCCUGUCAGCUCCCGUUUAAGCCAGGGCAACAGGUCUAUGAGAAGGACGGGGACUCGAAAAUGCUGUGCGAAGCGUGCUUCCUUUCUGCCGCCCCUGCCUGCGCAGCUUGUGGCAAGCCAGUGGUGGGCAUGGUCGCAAAGGAGCCCACUGCGGACUGCUUCGAUGGACAGGUCCUCACCGAGUUGCCUGAAGCUAAGCCUAGGAGCGGCGAGCAAGUGAAGGCGGAACGCUAUGCCACUCAGAUGCUGGCGCUGGAUCGGGUGAUCUCGAACUGGCAAGCCAGGAGCAUAGACAAGAAGGAUGCGCUGGUACAUUGUGACCACAUCCUCGAAAAUAUCAAGGCAAUCGGCUCUCUGGAUGGUGAUAUUGCAAGGACGUUCCUCAACGAGCGGGGCAUCAGCGACACCAGGCGCCAGAAUCUAAGGACGGCUUAUCGAGAGCUGAAGCAGACCUGUGGACACAAGAUCGCCGAAUGGCGCGUCACUGACUCACUCACGGUGGAGAAAAGCCGGCGCGUCCAGACGCAUCUUCUUACCUCCCACGUCAUGCUGCCGAAGUCAUGGACAUCGCUGCGCCGAUUUGAGUACAUCUUCCCCGGUGCGCCGGUAGAGCUCGAUGUCGAGGUGUUGGUCGAGCCGGUUCACUGCAUGGGUGACGACCUUUACCGGGAUUACUUCGAAGAGGUUCGAGUUCGGAUGGAAGGCAAGACCGCCGAGCAGACCAUGCAGGAUGGGAUUCUUGGCACGCGCGUGGAGUUGCUCAUAGCGAAUCAGGCGCCCGUGCUGACAGACAGCUGCGCGGAAGUUGCCCUGCUAGGCCGCAUCGUGGUCACCCAGCGCAUUUGCCAGACGUUGCUGCAGAACCCACUGUCACCUGAGGCACAAGACAAGCAAGAGAGGUUGAUCGCAGACGUUGCCGAAGUCAUGCCGAGCUUCACGGCGAACCAGGUGCUUGGCUACUUCACUGGCCUGCCCCAGUAUGUCGUGUCAGAUCUCCUCUCUGGAGCUUGUGCCUUUGCUGAGACUUUUUGCCGUCGUAGGCUCCAGAUUUUCGAUCCGCAUGGGUGUACUGAAGACACGAAGGUCCUGGGUCCUGGGCUGUUCUGUAGCUCGCCCGGAAGCUAUCCCAACGCCCGAGGUGGCAAGAUGCUGCAGGCGGAUCGGGAAGCUGACGAGUUUCGCGAGGUGCUAGAGCCGAUGUAUCAAUGGCCCCAGGCCUCGAUUGCAUCUCAGCCUUUGGAAGCUCACGGCCUCCGCUGCAAGGAGGCCGAGCCGAUGCAGGUCGGAGAACAGGUCGACGUGACCAGCAGUUAUGACGAACUGCCGGUGUUUUUCGCAGACCUCGACCACCCGAUGCCGGCAGACGGGCGCAUCACCGACAUCAAGGUGAACGCAAUGCUGCAUGCAGAUGAGGGCCUGCGCCUGGACGUCAUCCUCCUCCGACCGCAACGAGUCGACGGGCAUUGGCGCUUUGAGCGUCGCGGCGAGCUGGUGCUUCUCGGAGAAGGCGCAGAGCAACAGGAUCUGCUGGUUUGGCGCGGUGACAUCUUGGCUUUUGCUGGCAUCGGGCUGCGCAUUUUUUACCGCCCUCCUGGCAGCACAAAGUCCGGCUCGAGAAGUGGCGCUGCCCAGCGCCCUAUGCUCGCCUUGCGUGCAGCUCGGCUCCCAGGGCAUCAACCUGCUGUUGAACUACCUUCUGAAUGCGGGUGUCGUGACAAGCUGCUCGAAGCUUUGCAGCCACCUGCCUGGCAAGGCGGAGCAGACUAUUUGCAACCUCGCCUGUGA